GACCCCGCAAUGUGCCACGAGCUCCAAAUCUGAGCUUCAACUCCAAUCGCUUCAACCAUCUACUUUUUAGCAGCUUCCCAUUUCUGACGGUUGUUUCACCCCAUCUAACCGAGUCGUUUCAUUGUUGAACUUCCUCAUAAGCUUGUUUCGUUCCCACCUUCGCCCCACGAUAUUGUUCGCUUGACGUGAAACACCCAUUUCAUCGCUACGGUCGAAUAUAAAUGUCGGACCCCGCACCGGUCAACCCGGGGGUCGCUUCACCUCCUCCACCGGUGCCUAGUUCCGAGGAAGGCCGGGGCUCUUCGAAGACAACAUCGCCACUAGACGACCAUGUAUCUUCUUCUUCAGCUAUGACUCCAGUCGGCAGCUCAUCGUGUCCGCCCCCACCCUCGCUACCCUCUUCCACCUCCAAGGCCCCACCGUCGGUGUCCGGGUCGCGAACCACUGCUACCUCACCACCGACCACGGUGAGCGGCGGACUAGGGCCAGUUCUACUCCAUGGAGCGGGGCCAGCGCCCGGCGCCGCGAGCAUUGCGACCAUGUCUCUGAACCCCGAGAUGCCCUCCCGCGACUCGCAGCUGCACGUCGCCGAGGCACGCGCGGCGCUGAUCGCGUCCAUGUCCAAUAUGCUCGACAGCGAGCUGCAGUCGCGCGCGUCGGUCUUGCACGCCAACGCCACCGUACUGACGCGUCAAGAGCAAGACGUCGCGAGGGCAACGGAGGCGCUGCGCAAAGAGAACGACAAGCUUGCCAAGGUGGCCAAGGAUGCCGGGCGCAAGAUCAAGGAGCUCGGCAACGUCCAGAACUGGGCCGAGGUGCUCGAGAGGGACUUUUUAGUCUUGGAGGAGACUAUGCGGCUGGUGAGGAACGGUGGCGCGGACAGUGAGGACGACGAGAGUAAUUGUAGCGAAUGCAGUCGCUCGGCAAGCUAUUCGUCGGGCAGCGAGAGCGAAGGGGGGAGAAGUGGCAGUCGCACUAGAUCUGGCAGUCUAGCGGGCAGUCGCAAGAUCAGCGUAAGUGACCUGGGUGAGCGAAAGGGAGCCGGCGAGGAGAAAAGUCCUUCUAUCACCAAUAGCAAAAAGGAGAAGGGGAAAGGACUGGAUGAAGAAGGGGCUAGCUCUACUGCGGAAGAGAGGAGCACUGCUAGUCUGACCUCCAGUUUACGGGAUCCCGCCGCGAACGGUACCGUUUCCCUCGACGAAGCUUUCCUGGAAAGCCUGACUGAGGCUUUGGCUACCGACCUGCGCGUAGGAUCCACGGUGACAAAGCAGGGUACAUCAUGAAACUCUAGAACGAGGUAGGGCUUGGGAGAGCAAGGCGUUAUGAAGAGGAUGCAACAGGUCAGAUUUGAUGACUUUACGGCUUAACAGGCUUCGCGGCGCAUGGCACUUUUCUGGCAGGGGUACAUUAUUUUAUUUGUUUGUUUUGCUUCUUUGUGCUAUGUAUAUU